AUGGUGCACAAUUUGCGCCGCGCGGUGCCCUCCAUGCUAGGCGUCUGCCGCCAGUCCAUCAAGGCAUGUGCUCAGCACGCCGACACCACCAUCAUCCACAGCCGGAGCUUCACCAGUUCCAAUGUGCUCAGCAAAGCGCAAUCCGAUGCCUUGCGGAUAUUAUUCUGCGGGUCUGACACGUUUAGCUGCGAAUCGCUCAAGGCGCUGCACACAGAGCACCAGCGGAACAAGGCGCUGGUGGAGCAGCUCGAGGUGAUGGUGCUGCCGGGGAAAAGGAUGGGAAGAGGCUACAAAGAGAUUGCUCAAGUGCCCUGUAAAGACCUUGCGCAAGAGUUGGGGCUGAAGAUUCACGAGAAAGAGACGUUCCGAGGCUGGAAGCUUCCUCAAGGUAUCAAUCUGGUUGUUGCCGUGUCAUUUGGGCUCUUUGUGCCCCCUCGGAUCCUCUCCUCCGCAAGAUACGGGGGCCUGAACGUCCACCCUUCACUACUGCCUCACUUACGCGGGCCGGCACCAAUCCACCACGCCUAUCUCCGCGGGGAUCAGUAUACCGGCGUCUCCCUGCAGACGCUUGAUCCCACGGCCUUUGACCACGGCACCAUCCUUGCGCAGACGCCCGCGCCCGGCGUGCGCAUACCCAAAAACCAGAAGUUUCCCGACCUCAAGCGCGACCUGGCCGUCCGCGGCGCCGCGAUGCUGGUCCAGGGCCUGCGCGACGGCGUGCACGUCCCGCCGCACGAGGCCGUCGCCGGCUGGGCACCCGGCGGCGCGGCGGCGCUCGUGCACGCGCCCAAGAUGACCAAGGCAGACACGGAAGUAGACUGGAAGACGUGGCGAGCGGACGAUGCGGUGAGGCGGCUCAGCGCGUUUGGCGCCGUGUGGACGUGUGCCGUUGGGGCAGACGGCAGCAAGGAUGCGGGCUUGGUCAAGAGGGUGCUGCUCACAGAGGCCAAGGCGGUCACCGACGCUGCCGCGGAGGCGAAUUCUACGCAGGAGCAGCUCAUCUGGGUGACUGACAAGGUCAAGAAGCACGUUCGGGUCAAGGUCGAUGCGGGAUCCGGCAGGUGCUACUUUGAGUUUGGCGAUGGGACGUGGCUGGAGGUGGAAAAGGCAAAGAUGGAGGGCGAAGGCGAAAAGAAGGCCGCAGUCGCGCUGAGGACGCUUCUCGGAACCCCUCCUUAG